AUGGAACAUGAAGGAAAUAACAACGGAAACUCAAAUAAUGUUACUGUGGAGAGAGACUCCAAUAAUAAUAAUGCAAGUGAUUUUUACGUACCUCAAACGGAACCUCCGGGUUCCACUUUGUCACUUCCAACAUCAACAUCCCCAACUCCCUCAGCAACAUCCCCGUUUAGUGAACAACUUAUUUCCGCUCCGGUAACCACCACUUCACCUACUUCUACUUUACCAACUGUUUCGCCUACUAUUAUGGUAGAGGAUCAAACGAUUCAACACUUAAUUUCAUGGGCACCUACGGGUGACGUGUUUAGUGUAUCGAACCCUACAGAAUUCUCGAAAACUGUUUUACCACAAUAUUUCAAACAUAAUAAUUGGCAAAGUUUUGUGAGGCAAUUAAACAUGUAUGGAUUUCAUAAAGUUAAUGAUAUGUUUCAUGCAAAUCCAUCAAGCGAAAGUCAGGCAUGGGAAUUUAAACAUCCUGAAUUUCGAAAGGGACAAAUUUCUGCUUUACAAAAUAUUAAACGGAAAAGUUCGAAGCAUACUCCUUCUAGUAAUUCGACAAGUUUAAAGGGAGGUUUAUCAAACGCUGGACUUGGACAAAGUCCUACUUCCGAACAUACAGCCGCCGAUGUUGUGCGUGAUAGUAAAAUAGAACGCUUAACGAAUAAAAUGUCAGAAUUGAUGGAACGAAUGCAUCAGAUGAAUGAAAAUUAUAGAGUGCUUUAUGCAGAGACCGUAUCAUGCAGGAUGCAACAAUCUAAGCACGAAAAGGUUAUUACUGAUAUAGCAAACUUUCUUUCAUCCAUGUUUCGCGGCGAAGUGGAUUGUAUACAAGCAGAGGUAGCAAAAUUUGGGCAAGGUGAUAUUCCUCCUUCAAAUCAAAAUUUGACACAACAUCCUUCACAUUAUCCUAGAGAAGGUACGCAAUCUAGGUCAAUGUCAACUCCUCAACCAAUGGUGGGAGUUGAACCCACAUCAAAUAUGAUUCUUCCUUCACGAAUGUCAGAAGUGGAUUAUCGAUCCAAUACUUCCUCAUCAUCAUUUACUGGUUCUCAACCGCUUCAUCGAUCACCUGUUAAAAUUCCUACUUCUAGUCCUUUAGCUAUGUUACCCGAAUUUCCUUUUGCUCAACAUUAUCAACCAAGUAAUAAUUACCUUCGGCAUCGUUCUCCUGAACCUAUAACAAAUAAUGGGAGUGUUUCAAGGUCAUCAUCCAUGGAUACUUAUAGACCAUCAACUCCUUCUAGUUCUUCUAGUUCACAAUCCUAUACUACCCAAUCACGAGCUACACAUCCUCCUACACAUAUGCCUAUGUCACAACAUCGAAGGUCAUCACAACCUGGUUCUUCAUUGGGAUUUGGUUCUGAUAGCAAUUUGUUAAAUCCAGAUGAUAAACCUGUGACUGUUGAUCCUACAACUUCACAAAUACGUCCCCCUCCAUUACCUGAUCCACCAGAUAAUGAACUUGAAUACAAUAAAAGACGGAAGAGAAGUUGA